UCUUUGGGUCACAUCUCCCCGUAUUGAAAACAAGGGAGGAACCAGUGUAGUUAGGUUGGUAAGAAAUAACAGCUGCUAUCAGAAAAGUCAGGCAGUGGGUGUGUUGGUGCUAGAGAAAGCAGCAGCCAUGGCUACAGGUUUUCCUGUAGAAAGACUUAAAGAAGAAGCAAAAUGUCCAAUCUGCCUGGAUUUCUUGCAGGAUCCAGUCAGUGUGGACUGUGGCCACAGCUUCUGCCUCCAAUGCAUCACUGAAUUCUGUGAAAAAUCAGACAGUUCUCAAGGGAGUGUCUACUCCUGUCCACAGUGCAGGAGUCAAUUUCACCAAAAUAGCUUCCGUCCCAAUCGACAGUUGGCCAGUAUGGUAGAGAGCAUCAAACAGUUGGGCUUAAGCUCUAGUCCAAAGAAAACCUGGUUAUGUGAGAGCCAUAGAGAAGAGUUGAACUACUUCUGUGAAGAAGACCAAAUCCCAUUAUGCUGGAUGUGUGAUACCUCCCCAGAGCACAGAACCCAUAAGACCAUUCCUCUAGAGGAAGCUACCAGAAGCUAUAAGGUAAAAGUCCAAUUGGCUUUGGAACAUGUGAAACAGGAGAUGGAAGAGGUGUUGAAUCAUGAAACUAAUGUGGGGAAGAAAAUAGUCAUUUGGAAGGAAAAGGUGGAGCUAUGGAGACAGCAAUUCAUGUUGGAGUUUCAGAAACAGCAUGGAUUUCUGAUUCAGGAGGAGCAACAGCAGCUGCGUAGACUAGAAGAGGAGGAGAGAGUGACUCUACAAAAACUGAAGGAGAGCAAGGCCAAACUAGCUCAACAGAGUAAAACUCUAAGGAAUUUAACUAUGGAGCUGGAAGAAUGUAGUCAGUGCACAGCUUGGGAUCUACUGGAGAAUGUAAAAGACGUCUUGAGAAGGAGUGAGAAGGUAACAUUUCAGCAGCCAGAACUCAUUUCAAUGGACCUGAAGACAACGUGUUGUGUCCCUGGAAUGAUGAUGAUGCUCAAGAGGUUUCAAGUUAAUGUGAGGUUGGAUCCUGCCACAGCUCACCCCAGCCUUCACCUUACUGAGGAUCAACAAAGCAUUUGGGAUGGACAUAUAUGGCAGGAAGUUCCCAACAACUCAGAGAGAUUUGACACAUGGCCUUGUGUUCUGGGCAUGGAGAGUUUCACUUCAGGAAAACAUUACUGGAUAGUGACUAUGGAAGAUAAGACAGAAUGGGGGUUGGGAGUUUGCCUGGAUACAGCCUCACGAAAGGGAGAGGCCACACCAUCCCCUGAAAAUGGAGUCUGGGCACUGUGGCUGCUGGAAGGGAAUGACUACAUGGUUCUUGCAACCCCAUCAGUUCCAUUCUUCCAAAGGAACCGGCCAAAAGGAAUUGGAGUUUUCUUAGACUGUGAAGCUGGGGAAGUGUCCUUUUACAACACCACAGAAGAAAACCACAUCUAUACAUUCACCCAUGUGUUAUCAGGAAUCAUUAGACCCUAUUUCUUCAUUUGUGAUUCAGCUCCUUUGACACUGAUCCCAGAGACAGAAAGGAGGAAUUAGGUUCUUUCCUCUUAGGAGUCCUUUUGUAUAUGUAUAGGUCAUCCAAAAAUGCCAUUUAAAUUAUCAUAAAGAAGAAAUCUUUGACCCAAGACUUUUUUUUAAUGGCAGCAAAAGAAGAAAACUUGAUUCUAGUAUUAAAAAGAACUUCUUAGAAAGUCUCCCCCCACUGAGAUUAUGUGAAAGAGCACCUAAGCUAGCUUCAUAUUAACAUUUUCAACUCCCUAGAUUUUUUCCCAUGGGGAAAGAAGCAUAAAUUUGAAAUUUCUAGAUUGGGAAAGCACUUUGUUUAUGAAUGGAAGUGAUUUGCCUAUGUGAUUGAAUUACUGAUACUUUCUUUAUUAUUAUUAUUUUUAAUAAACCCUUACCUUCCAUCUUGGAAUCAAUACUGUAUAUUGGUUCCAAGUCAGAAGAGUAGUAAGGAUUAGACCAUGGGGGUCCAGUGACUUGCCCAGGGUAACACAGGUAGGAAGUGUCUGAGGCCAUAUUUGAACCUAGGACCUCUCAUCUCUAGGCCUGGCUCUCAAUCCACUGAGCAACUCAGCUGCCCCCUGAUACUUUCUUUAAAAACAUGUUGUCAGCUAAGGACCAGAUGGGCGGUCCUGGGUUCAAAUCUGGCCUCAGACACUUCCUAGCUGUGUGACUAAGGGCAAGUUACUUAACCUCCAUUACCUAGUCCUUAUUACCCUUUUGCCUUCAAAUCAAUAUGCAAUAUUGAUUCUAACAUGGAAGGUAAGGGUUUUUAAAACAACAACAACAAAAACACAUUAGUAGGGGCAGCUAUGAGGCUCAGUGGAUGGAAAGUCAGGGCUAAAGAAACGAGGUCCUCGGUUCAAAUCUGGCCUCAGACACUUCCUAGCUGUAUGACCCUGAGCAAGUCACUUUACACCAAUUGCCUACUCCUUACCACUCUUCUGUCAUAAAACUAACACCCAGUAUUGAUUCUAAGAGAGAAAAUAAAGGGUUUAAAAAAUAUAUUAGCAAAAAAAAAUCAGUCCCUUUUUGUGUUGUCUGAAAGUAAUUUGUAAUUUGUCUUAUGUAUCUAUUAAUUUAUUAAUCAUUAAACGAUUACU